GCUGCGCCGUACCGCAACCAAACUGAGAUACUGUGCUCCGUUGUGCAUGUGUAAGACGCAAUUUAGCAAGAUUUCUCAAGGGAUGCCAUAACAUUCACUUCAUAAGAAAGAGGACUAUUUAAGGAAUACAUGUAUUCGUUUCUCCAGACAUUUUUGUUUUGAGAGGAGAGGAUAAUUGUUGAACGUGAGAACUGGGAACUAGCGGGCAGGUGUUUAGAUGAGAUGGCUGCCUAUCUGUUGCAUCCUGCAGGGCUGAUGCUGUUGUUUCUAACAGUGGUUUCGUUGGUAACAGCGCAAGAGCAAGGUCUUUUCUUCCCGUAUGGAAGGGAGGCAGGUGACUCGAACUUAGAACCUGAAGAUGACGGAGGAGAAGAAGUCGUCAUUUCAAUUGACUUUCCUUUCUUCGAUCAGAAUCAUCGCUCGUUAUAUGUUAACACAAAUGGUGUGGUAUCCUUCCUUCAAAAUGUCGUGCAGUACACGCCAGACAGUUUCCCAUUGGGGAACGACCGGCGAAUGAUCGCUCCAUUCUGGGCCGAUGUGGACACCACAACCAACGGCACCGUAUGGUACCGUGAGACCACAGACUUCAACCUAUUGCGAGAAGCCACGGACGAGGUGGGCCGCGUGUUUGCGGUCGAUUUUAAAUUUAACCCAUUUCGGGCGGAGUGGAUGCUGAUAGCAACGUGGGAUAGAGUGCCAUUCUAUAAUGCACACGGUGCAAAUGUUAUUACAAACAGACAAAACACAUUCCAAGCCGUUUUGGUUACGGAUGGUAAAUACUCAUUUACGUUUUUCAACUACGGUGAGAUCCAGUGGACUACAGGGGUAUCCAGCUACGGUGAUAAAGUGACUGGUCUUGGAGGAGAUAAUGAACUCGCCGUACCGGCACAGGUUGGGUUCAACGCCGGAGACGCGAGGAAUUUCUACUCUGUUCCGAGCUCGCAGACAGACGAUAUUGUGCAGAUAAAUCGCACCACGAAUGUGCGCAAACCAGGCCGUUGGAUGUUCCGAAUUGACGGCAAUGAGAUCGAAGUGGCAGGGUGCGAGGACGAUCAGUCCGGUAACCUAAGGGUCUCCCCUUCUCAGGUGCUGAUGCUCGGGGGAGACGUCCUAUCAAUCUCCGGUCCAUGUUUCGAUGCAACCAGUGAUGUCUUCUGCGAAAUCAACGGCUACAAAAUCCAAGCGAGUUACGAUUUUGUCCAGGACCCUUUUACUGUUAGGUGUGCCACCCCCUUGUUCACGUCACUCGGCGAGGUACCGGUGCACCUAUCCAAAGAUGGUGGGGUGAAUUUUAACUACACGGGAUAUGUUACCGUUGUAAGCAUGAAUAGAGUAGCUCCUAAGGUCACCUCCACUGAAACUAACGGCGUUCUGAGAAUAAGCUGGGACAGGGAUGGCUACCCCUUCACAACAAACACAAUCAACGCCGACCAAAUACGUGUCGAUGUGUUCCUCUACGAGUACACCGAGGACGCUACAACCGGUCAGAUCCUGCUCAAACCGGUUCUGAAGAUUGUCGACGAUGUCAAACUGUCGAACGGGUUCGGCUCGCUGCUCACACCGCAGUUGGAUGAACAGAUCGACGUUGGGUUGUAUCGUGUGGUUUUACAUGGCACUGUGGACGUUAAUGAUCCGGGUAUAAGCUUAACAAUGGGUAUCCCUGGUACGGACCCAUCUCAAGCCCCCAUGCCCUCAAUGUGGAGUAUACCAUUCAAUGGUAACCCACCGCUCGCAAGUGAGUCAACUCAAUGGUGCCAGAAAUGGGCAGCCAAGGAGCCGAGCAUAAACACGACCGGUGAUUCUCUGCCGGCUUGCCCGUGUACUCUUCAGCAAGCCCGGGCCGAUGUAGGGGCGUUUGAACCCGAUCCAUGGUGCAACCAGGACUCGGAGGCUGAAGACAAAUGUCCCCAUAGGAACGAAGUGGUGCACUGUGUGAGAGCUCAAAGAUCAAGUACUCAGGGAAGAGGUCAACUUUGUUGCUAUGACAACACCAAUAACAUCGUCUUAUUGGCUGAUAAUUUCGAAGGGGGCUCUACCCUCAGCCACUUCCACGGGGGUGCCACUCCCGCUGGCCACCCGGGCAGUAUACCAUACUUGUCCAAUUACCUUGAGGACAGGGUACCAUGGGAGCAAUGCUGUCCGGGCAGUGGCUAUCUUGAGGGCGUAUGCAGUCUUUAUAGGGACAGGCGACCCUCGAAUGAUUGCAAGGACUAUUUGCCGCCAAAACCUGCUGCUGUGUUUGGCGAGCCCCAUUUUAUAACCUUCGAUGGAACUAAAUACACCUUUAACGGCUAUGGAGAGUUCAUGUUGAUGACUGCACCGGAAUCCAAUGUAUUUAUUCACGGCAGAAUGGCACAGAUGAUAGACAAUGUAAAGGCCACGGGUCUGACUGCCGUCACCAUGAAGGUUGGGGAAUCUGAUACCGUGCAGGUUGAGCUGAAUGACCGCCGUACUCUGGACGUCUGGGUCCGUAGCGAGGAUCGAGAGACGUGGCAAAGGCUUGGCUUCGAGCAGAGUAGUUGGUGGAUAGAUAAAACAGACGGUCCUAUUGUCGAGCUGAUUGGUGCCGAUGAGAGGCAAGGUGUACGGGUGAUCUUCAACGAUGGUACGGCCUUCGAAGCCAAAGCUCCCGCUGGUGGAUCAGCCAUGGCACUCAUGAUACUGGCUUCAUCUUCACUCAAAGAUCAAACUAGAGGUCUUCUUGGGAGAUGGAACGAUGACCCGAGUGAUGAUCUGACGGCACCAAAUGGAAUCAUUCUCCCAAGGGAUCCGUUGACUCAACUGCACGAUUUCUUCGGCCUGAAAUGGAUUCUUGAAGGAGCCGACCGAUUGUUCCGAGAUGACAUCAGUAUCAACUACACCCUGGUCAACCAGCCAACGUUCCAGGCGAGCUAUGACCUAGUCUCCACACUGACUGAGGAGGAACUGAACACAGUGUGUGGUGAUAGCGAGGUCUGUCGCUAUGACUACAAGAAGACGUCAUCAAGUGAUAUGGGUGAUGCUGCAAGAGAUGUGGAAGAGGAUUACGAGGAUACCAACGAGAGCACCAAGCCAGUUGCGAGCUGCGGUUACCUAUCUCCACCGAGCGGAGGGAGUAAGUUGGGUACCGUGUAUUUGAAUCAGUCGACGGUCACAUUCAACUGCUCUGAAGGGUUCACCAUGACGGGCUCUGCCUCCAGAAAGUGCAUAGAUAGAGUAUGGCAGGGAAAUGUCACACUAUGCACUGCAGUGGCAUCUCCUUUACGUGAUCUGUUAAUUAUCAUCAUCGUGGCCGCUGUCUUGGCUGGGCUACUCCUGAUCGGGAUUUGCUUCAUCUGCCUCCUAUGCUGCAUUAGUAGUAGGAAGAAGAAGAAGAACAGAAAGGAGAAACACUCAGGACUAGAACUUGGUACGCUACCCGAAAAUGGAGGUAUCCACAACCACGCCCUGGUAACCACACCCCUGGCUUCAGACCGCACCCCGUCAGACACACCUACUUCUUCAAUCAUCGGCGAUCACAACUACGAAAACUCCAUGCAGAGAAACCACCAUAGCAGGGACGACCCCCAGACGGCGUUCCGUUUCCCAGACACCAAUGGGUACGCGGUCAUGACCGGUGAUAGGCAUCCAACGAGUACCAGUGAGGCCGCUAGACACCACCGUGCUGCACCUCUUGAAGACCGACCAGUCUACAGGGUGUCGGCCACCGAGAGUAGAGGCCCUGGGUACCGGAUAGCUGAGGAGGCGAGAGCUGGGCCGAGUCACGCUGCUGGCACCUCCGCGGGGUCAUCUCGACCUAUACCGAAUAGAGACCCAUCUCGUUCAAAACAGCCUAAAGUAAGGGCUGAAGAAAACACCUAUGAUGAUCCCCGUGCAGUUCGGCAGAGGGACAGGUCGAGAAAGAACGGCAAGGGUUCCAUUAUCAAAGAUCCAAACACUGCACAUUUUGACGCAGAAUAUGACAGCAGUGAUGACGAAAUAGCCAGAAUCAAACGUCAACUUCGCCGAGAAGUAGAAGAGGAAGAUGAUGAAGAGUAAAGAGGGGUUGGACUUGUAUUGCUUCAUGUGUCAACAACGUCUUCUUCAUAUCAUACAAAAAUAGUCAGGUGCACUGUACUUAAGUUUUGUUGUAUUGGGAUAUCAUAGUGUGUGCUAGAAUCCUGUUCAUGCCAAUUGCUUAUCUACACCCAGGAGUAUUACAUGGGUAUAUUUUGAGAGCAAAUGCAUACCACUAGUGUCCCAGGGGAAAAGGUCGGCUGGAAAUUCUGUCCCCAUAUAUGCAAAAUUAGUGGGCUGAAGGGGGGAUGUUUCAAAAGAGGGCGCUUUCAUAUGUAGUUUGUACACAGUUUGCCUUAUAUGAGGACUCUCCGGGG